GGUGAGAUUCCGACUAAACAUGGCUGCCGACGUUCUGUGGGAAGAUAGAGAUGUUCGAUUUGACAUCAAUCCUAGUCAAAUGCGAAUGAGACCAGGAGAGAAACUUAUCGACAGACUUGAUGCAGUGGAAGACACAAAAGGAAACAAUGGCGAGAGGGGUCGACUGCUGGUUUCCAACUUGCGUAUUAUCUGGCAUUCCAUGUCUGUCCCAAGAGUCAACCUAUCAAUUGGUUUCAACUGUGUCAUCAACAUAUCAUCCAAACAAGCACAAUCUAAACUUAGGGGCACAACCGAGGCAUUAUUUGUCUUAACAAAAGCUGGUGCAACAAGAUUUGAAUUCAUUUUUACAAACUUGAUUCCAGGAUCUCCACGGCUCUUUACCUCAAUCAUAGCAGUUCACAGGGCAUAUGAAACAUCAAAACUGUACCGUGACCUGAAGCUGCGAGGGGCCCUGAUACAAGAGAAGCACCUGCGCCUCCUUCCCCAGGAACAGAUCUACAACCAGGUCAAUGGAGUGUGGAACUUGUCCAGUGAUCAGGGGAACUUAGGAACAUUCUACAUCACAAACGUGAGACUUGUCUGGCAUGCCAACGUGAAUGAGUCGUUUAAUGUCAGCAUACCAUACCUGCAGAUGAAAACUGUGAAAAUCCGGGAUUCCAAGUUUGGACUAGCUCUUGUUGUAGAGACCUCCACCAUGAGUGGGGGCUACGUUCUGGGGUUCCGCAUCGACCCUGUGGAGAAGCUCAAGGACACAGCCAAGGAGAUACAGAACCUCCAUCGUGUGUACAGCUCCUGUCCCAUAUUUGGUGUGGAGUUUGAGACAGAUGCUAAGCCCCAGACGAUGGAGGAGCUGACUCUGGAGAGAGUCACAGAUGACGUGGAGAUCGAGAAUGAUGGAGGCACAGAUGCAUUUGCUGCCUACUUUGCUGAUGGGGAGAAGGAGCGAGACCGUGAUCCUGUAUACUCCGAGGAACUUGGUCUGGCAGUGGAGAAACUCAGGGACGGUUUCACACUGUCUGGACUCUGGGAGGUGUUAGCAUAAUGGCCUGGUCUCUAUCACCAUAGCAACGGACUGGAAUCUAUUGUCAUGCCGACUCAGGUCUCGAUCUGUCACCUCAAUGACUGUCUGGUUUUCUUAGAGGUGAUAACAUGAAUGGCCUGUCGCUGUCACCAUGGUAACUGUCUGAUAUCUACUAUGAUGAUGUCUGUCUGGUCUGGUUACCAUGGCGACUUGGGUGUCAUUCUGUCACUGCUAAGGGUGUCAGGUUUCAUUUACCAUGAAAACUGUCCAGUCUCUUGGAGGUGAUAGUGUGAUGGCCUAGUCUCCAUCACCAUGGUAACUGUCUGAUGUCUGUAAUGAUGAAGCCUGUCUGGUUUCUAUUACCAUGGCGACUAUGAGGUGAUAGCAAAAUAACUGUCUCUAGGAGAUGUCAAGACUUAACUGUUACCAUAGUGACAAGGUUGUAUCUUUUAAGAAGGGAAAUAACCCUGACUUCAUCCUAAGAAAAUAUUUGUCAGUGAUGGCUGAAUGGUCCUGUCCUAUUUUCUGGUGACAGUGACACUUUAAGCGUGAGGUUCCUUAAAUAAGGACUAUAUUAGAAUGGAAUUUGUUGUUGUUGAUUUUUAUUUCACUUUUUUUCAGGUUUACAUACAGAUUGACAUAUGUAAAAGUAUACAGUUCAAUACAUACAUGUAAGGCUGAUAAUACUUCAGUAUAAUUGUACAGAGUCAAUAACAUUAUAAGUUGUUCACUGGUCUUGAGGGGGACAUGGGCUGAUUUACCCUCAAUGUUUGUUUAUGUUCCCUGAGCCCGAAGGGUGGGGGGACAUAAAG